UUCCUGUUAAAAGCAACUGGAAAAGGACCAAUGUUCUUGGGUGAUAUAUAUUUAUAUUUGAAUUAAACUAAAAAUUAUUUCAAAUUAGAUAAUUUGCCCCAAAGUUCAAUUUUCUUUUAUUCAAUCAUUCUGUUAUUCAACAAACUUCCUUUUAUCAUAUGGUUCCUAUUCCUUAUUCCUUCUUUUAUUCAGUAAGCAUUACAAAUUUUCCCAUUAUGUGCCAGGCAUUGCAUUAGAUUCUAAUACUACAAUGGCAAAUGAUCCUUGCCCUUGGGGGAACUUAGAUUAUAGUGAACUAUUUAUUCUUUUUUUUUCAUUUAUUGAAGGAAGUAUUUACUGUGUGCCCAGAUGUUCUGGGAAUACAGCAACGAAAAGCAUAGGGCCCUCAGAUAAUGGAAUUACUCCAUAAUGGGUAGAAGGAAGAGUAAGGGUAAAGAUCUUCAAGCAGCUGUAAGCAUGGCUGGAGGCCAGUUAGCUAAAAGGACUUGGCCUGAAAUGUGGUAGUAAAGAUAUGCAGGGGCUGAAUUACAUUACUACCCCUGCAGGGCAUGGUGCCUAACCUGGGUGCUAAUACAUUCAUGUUCACUACAAAUGGAUUGUAUCUUCCCGUUAGAUUACAAACUUCCCUUUAGAUUUAACUGUUACCCAACUAAAUGACUUCAGAAUAGAGUCAUUUACAAUAGUCAAUAUCUGGGGGAGGCUACAAGAUAUCUUUGUUACAGCUGAGCUGAGAGCUUAAAAAGAAAGGAGAGUUGCCUUUCUUGGUAAUGGCUGCCCUCUUAUGAGAAGAGGUGGCAGCUGUGGCAGGAGAGAGGCAAGAGGGCCCAUUUCUCCAGGCUUUGGCUCUCCCUCUUCUCCCUAGACCAGAGCUGGGAAAAUACCUGCUUGGCCAGAGAGAAUGUCAAGAAAAUUAAUAUCUGGGGUAAAGAAAUUUGGAGCCUGGAAUUUUUACUCCCAAUUAGGCAGAACCAUCUGCAAAGUUUGAAAUGUUUACAGAUGACAUGUCCACAGUGGCAGUGCUUCUUUCUCUAUCAGUGUCCUGGCUACUCUGAUAGGGAUAUUUAACACACUGUUCUUCCUAAAGGGGGGCGGGGGGGACCCACUAUGCAAAAAAAAAAAAGUCUCUCCUUUGAAAACAGACUGUCAGUCUAAACCUCUUAGAGCAUAUUAAUUGUGGAAGCAUCAGUAGGUCUGUAUAUCUCUUGUUUUUCAUUAUGUAUUCUACAAGAUAAAAUGUGACUCCAAUUCUGGUUUCCUUCAGGUUUUUGUUGAAAGGGAUGCUGCUGUUAUUUUUUAAAUAGCCUUUAAAAGAUACUGUUAAACGGGAGAAAUACUGUUAGAAAUACUGUUAAAACGGGAGAAAACGCCAAAGUAGCCCACCUAUAAUUCUCAGUAACUUAACCCAAGUCCCACAUCUGGGGAAUUGUCCUAGGUCCUGGACCCUAUGCAGCCAAGUCCAAAGCAACUACAACUCCCAGGAGACAUUGUGUCCACACCCUCUGCGCACGCUCGACCUGGGUGACUGCAUAGGGCAGCGAGCCCGAGGGGGCGGGGUUUGGACCUGGACCGCGAAUCGGGGGCGUGGCUGGAGGCGGGGCCGUGGAGGGGGCGGAGCUGCCGGCGCGGCCCGGAACACGCUAGUGGAGCGGAAGAUGGCGGCGGCAGCGGCGGCUGCAGCCGGGACCCCACUUGGGCUGAGGCGGAGAAGCUGCUGGCUCUGACUUCGCUCUGGCUCCGGUGCGCGCAGCGGAGCGUGUGCGAGGCCCUGCGCGGCGAGCAGGGGCGGCGGCGGCUACUGCGCGCCGCUCUGAGGAGCGCCCCGGCGGCGGUGCGACUGCAGCUGAGGAGAGAGCCGGCUCCGGGCCUCCGCGUCCUCCUGUUCCCCCGACCCCCCGCCUCCUCGGGGGGGCGGCGGCGGCGAUGUUCUCGGUCCUCUCGUACGGGCGGCUGGUGGCCCGCGCCGUGCUCGGCGGCCUCUCGCAGACCGACYCCAGGGCCGGCGGCGGCGGCGGCGGCGACUACGGACUGGUGACGGCGGGCUGCGGCUUCGGCAAGGACUUCCGUAAGGGCCUCCUCAAGAAGGGCGCGUGCUACGGGGACGACGCGUGCUUCGUGGCCCGGCACCGCUCCGCCGACGUGCUCGGGGUCGCAGAUGGUGUAGGAGGAUGGAGAGACUAUGGAGUUGACCCAUCUCAGUUCUCAGGGACUUUAAUGCGAACAUGUGAACGUUUGGUAAAAGAAGGAAGGUUUGUACCAAGUAAUCCCAUUGGAAUUCUCACCACAAGCUACUGUGAGCUGCUGCAAAAUAAAGUUCCUUUGCUUGGUAGCAGCACUGCCUGCAUCGUGGUGCUGGACAGAACUAGCCACCGCUUACACACAGCGAACCUGGGUGACUCAGGCUUUCUGGUUGUCAGGGGCGGUGAAGUUGUGCACCGAUCAGAUGAGCAGCAGCAUUACUUCAACACUCCGUUCCAGCUCUCAAUUGCUCCCCCAGAAGCCGAGGGAGUCGUGUUAAGUGACAGCCCGGAUGCUGCUGAUAGCACGUCUUUCGACGUCCAGUUAGGAGACAUUAUCCUGACGGCGACAGAUGGACUCUUUGACAAUAUGCCUGAUUAUAUGAUCCUUCAAGAGCUAAAAAAGUUAAAGAACUCAAAUUAUGAGAGUAUACAACAGACAGCAAGGAGCAUUGCUGAGCAAGCUCACGAGCUGGCCUAUGAUCCAAAUUAUAUGUCACCUUUCGCACAGUUUGCAUGUGACAACGGAUUGAAUGUGAGAGGUGGAAAGCCAGAUGACAUCACCGUCCUUCUUUCCAUUGUGGCUGAGUAUACAGACUGACUCACCGAGCUGUCGACUCCUGCCUUCCCUUUUUUGUCCCAAUUACCCUGCCAUGUGUGCUGAUCCUGCUGGCAGGACCACGUUUCUUUGCCACUGAUCUCAAUGGCCAGUGAUGUAAGCCUUUUGCCUGUCUUUUUGAGACCCAUUGAGAUCUUUGUUGAGAACCACUACUGUCAUUCACUAGCUCAUGUCUGCUGGCAACAGUUGAAGAGAAGCAAGAUUUGAAGAUCAGCCUUCAUUCUUGUGGAGGUUUUCAAAGGCUAUUACUUUUCAAAAGCAGUUGAAGUAUUGAGAAUGGGUAAUGUUGGUAAAGAGAAUUCAAAAUUACAGUGUGUUAAAGGGAUUUUAAGUCUGACAAGUCAUAAAUCAUGAUACGUCUGCUAGAAAACAUACAUUAUUCAUCAAAAGAAAUGUCACAUGUUUUCCACUGGCACCAUCUUGGUUAUGGUGAUCGGUUGUGGCUUUAUGUUUUCAUUAUAAACUCCUAUUUUCCAGGAGCUCAUAAAUAUGCUCUGGGUUAUAAGAUCUUGAUCCCAGAAGCUUUUUUGUUACACAUUGGAAGAAAAAAGUAAUUAUUUUAGUUCUAUGGAUGCAAAUAUUUUGUGCUUUUAAAAGAUGCUUAAUUGUGUUCCCGUGAUUAAAGUUUUGGCAGUUUAUUAAUUAGUCCAAAUCAUAGGCUGGUUGCCUGAUAUCYGGGGGAAGGGGGUAUCCUUACCAAAAUUUUUUAAUGGAAAUACUACUCAAGAUUGCAAAAGUCCUUAAAGCCUAGAAACUUAGUGCUAUGGCUGGAAUUCCCCCUGCUGUCUGCAAGGUGCCCUGAGUGGGCUCUCUGGGCCCCAGGCUGACAGGUUGAGAAUGGACAGCUGUAGCUGGGUUUUUGCUGGCUCACAGUCAUGCUGCCCAUGGAGCCCUCAGACCUUCCCCUAGGAGCCUUGCUUUUGCAGAGCAUGCACUGAAUCACUGCGUCCACCAGGCAAGAGCACGUGUGCAGUGGCAGCAGCACAGAGCCCACAAGGAAAACUCCUAGUGAUGAUCUGACUUUUGCAAUUGCUCCAAACAGAAAUGUAGGGGUUUCUGAAUCAAGCUUAAUGUUUACAGUUUCUGAAUAGCCAUUUUGCAGUGUAUAGUUUCCUUAUAAAAACUACCCUGAAUUUGGUUUCCCAUUACCUGCAGGCUCAAACUUAUUUUUAAGGUUUAUGUACAAGUUGACUGCUGUAAAGAUAUAUAUUUUUGAGUCAGUUUUUUCCUUCAUUAACUUGGUGGUAGAAAAAUAUAUAUACUUAGAAAUCCUUAAAUUAAAGCCAUGUUUUAUAUAUACGUCAGGUAACAUUGGUGUAUAGAUGAGAAUGCAAUUAAACCUGACGAGAAUCUACUUGAGGAGAACACAGAAAGUUUUUUCUCGAGAGGAGAUACUGACUCCCUGGUUUAUUGCAUUAAAACUUACGUUUGAGGUUACCUCAACUUGUUUUAAAAGAUUUUGUUUUGUGAAUUUGUACUGUAUAUUUGAGUAACUGUCAAGCUUUUGUUUUAUUUAAAAUUGUUUAACAUGUACCAUGUACAUGUCAUUACUAUAUUUCAAUGCAUCAUGCUUGUAACAGGCAUUUCAUUUAUAAUAAGAAUGAGUUAUUCAUUUGUAAGCCGUUCAAUAAUUUAUCUACUAUUCCUUAAUUGGCAUAAUGUUAGAUACCUAUUUUGAAUCACCUUUAAUUAAGUGUCAGAAUGCCUUAACUACCCUAACUUGACAAAACAGAAUUCUUUGGUAGAGAAGAUAGAGGGCGGGUGGGAUGUGGAGGGAGACUGUUUAAAUAAGGAGAAACUAUCAUGCUCUGCUAGAAUAUGGACGCAUAUGUGGCGAGCGGGGUAUUUAUUUUGCACAAACUCUUUGCAGUCUCUGGGUAUUUUUAAAAGUAAAGAAAGUUGCAUCCUGAAGGGGUUGGUUAAAAGGAAUACAUUCAUACUAGGAUUGAUGACUUCAACUCUUUUGUUUGGGUUUGUAAUUACUUUUGGUCAGAAGUAUGUAGCCUUAUAAUCUGGAUAUAUUUUGCAUCAAUUUCCAAUGCCUCCAUUUACUUCCUGGUAGGAGCAGUAACGGUCAGGUUAUUGGCUUUUCUCUGCUCUCAUUUAACCCAUCAAACAAUCUUUGUAAAGCUAGAUUGGUGGCGUUUUAUACAACUCGUUUAAUCAACUUACUUUUUUUGAGAAAUGAUUGUUAGAAACUGUCAAUGUGGUUGUUCCAGUGACACUGAAAAUAAUGGGGCAAGAAUUGAGUUUCAUGGUGGAAUUGACUUUGGACCUGGCUUGUAGUUUAGUACAUAAAAUACCCUGUUUUCUUCUUUCCCCUGUCCUUUUUGUGUUAUGCACUGCAUUUUAUGACUGCUAGGGGUCAGGGCGAGUGCUGCUUAGCAAGUAACUCUCCUCCUCUCACUGGUCAGAGGCUGUGUGGGACCCAGAAUAGAAUUCUCCAAGUCUUACACCCAAGCUUCCAGGGGUGUGGCUGAGCUAUACCACUUGUUGGGUCUAAUUCUGAACCUGAUGUGUGUGUGUGUGAACUGUAUUUUAAAUCAAGCAGUGUAAACACACACACACACAUACACACACACACACACACACACAAUUUGCCUCAUGUAGUGGACUUUAUAACAAAAGAGAAAAUUUGGAUUUCUAAUUUACAACUGGCAAAUUAUUUAUCCCUCUCUGGAUGCACCAAAGACCAGUAAAGUUUAUAGCUUUUCCAUCUAUAUUUAUAAAGCAAUACUGUAUUAUAAAAAUCAAUAUUUUUAUCACAUGCUUGAAAUUUUUAUUUUGUUCUGUUUUAAAAUGUGCACUCAACAUAUCAGAACCUUGUUUCUUCCUAUGAACUUAAGCUGCCUGCGCACAAAAAACAAACUUUUUUUUUUUAACCAAAUGGAGAUGAAGUAGAUAAGAGUCCAUAGGCUCUUAAAAACUGGAAGAAGAAAUGAGGGGGGAAAAAAACAAGUUGUCCCAAAUUAUACUCACAUGGUUGAUGGGUACUAACUCCUAAAGAAAUCCAUUCCAGGUAUGCGUGUCUGGGGUUUGGGCUGUGUCUAGAGUAGAAAAAACACAAUUUUGAGCUUUGCAGAUGGGAGUGUCCUCUCCUGUCAGCUGCAUUUGUUCUGGAUAGAGAGUAA